AUGGAGGAGGGAGGAGAGAUUUCCCGCGAGGCCCUUGGGGCAAGGCGCUCCGCUCGCAGGAAUGUCUUGACGAUACAGGUAAGUGGGCAAACUGUUUUUGAAGGGUGAUAUUGGUUUUAAAGACUUAAGAUGGGUAAAAUAUACUAUUCAGAAACGUAGUUUCAGUUUAAUGGAGUUAGUUGAAUAAAGUGAAGUUUGCUCUGGCUCCACACACAAACAUGUCGGACCCUCACCAUUGUUGAUUUUCUUGGCCUACCUGUUUAGAGGAUGAGAGGUCAGAUGGUGUUUCUCUCAGUUCCUAGAAACUUGGUGUUUUGUUGUUCAAAUAGUAAAUUUUCAGACAAUUAGUGUGGAUACUAUACAUUUAUUGCAGUGUGUGUGUGUGUGUGUGUGUGUGUGUGUAUACCUGAGUUACUGCUUAGUUAAUGUUACGGUUUGAUUAAUUAAUUUGGACUAUCAUGAUAAAAUACAAUUGUUGUUCAAGAGAAGACUGGAAAGGUCUUUUUUUGUUUCUCUGUUCGUUUCAUCUGUAAUAAGCAAAAAGAUUAUUGCAGCCUUGUGGGAUCACAGAGCUUCACCAACCCUGAACAGCAAAGCUACAAGAAGUUACAGAUGAGUGUCUGCAUUUAUAUUAGAAAAAGGGAAACAGGUUAAAGGUAAAAACUAGUGUUUCUGCUUUAAAAAGGUUUAAUAUUGUGUGUUCUGGAUGUUUUGUACAGUAUAACUGUCUGAUCAGUCUGCUACUCUUAAACUUUCAUUACAGUGUUCAUGUCAUUGAAUACUGAGGAAAAUGAGCAGUAAGACAUACAUGUGUUUGUUUUUGCAGAAACAAGAAAAAUUGGAGGCAAGAAGAGCCCACAAAUUGUCUAAGAAGCAGCGUAUUGAAGUUCUGAAUAACCUAGUGGAGUAAGUCAUUAAAUGUGAACUUGAAUAACAGUUAUUUAUUCAAGGUAAUGUUGCAAAAACACACAAUGUUUUUUUUUCUCUGUUUUUGAACUUUUUUUUCCCUCUUAACUGCCUCCAUUUUGUCACAUUUGUCUCAUUUGUCUCUUUAGUGUUUGUCUUGUUACUAGGAACACCGAGUUCCUCCAACAGGAGAUAAACAAUUAAAACAGUUUAAUUAAGUUUAGUUUAUUUGUUUGCUCCAUAUUUGAAAAACGGAAACACAAUCAAUGAAUAAUUAACAACAGAGUGCAUGGAAGCCUGAGGGUUUAUACAAAGUCCUCUCUCGUCUGAAAUGAACAUGAAUGAAGAGUAGGGGGUAAAAACAGCAAAUCCAAUAAUAAUAAAACUAAAUACAUUUAAGGAUUACAAAUAAAAACAUGACAAAAAGAAAAAUAAAAAGUAAAAAAUAAGAGAGUCAAUGUAAGUAGCAGAUCACAAUGAGAGAAUGUAGGGCUGAGAUCAGGACAUGAUGAGAAAAUUUUUAAGCUCAAUUUAAAGACCGUUGAGUCUCUGAUGACAAAGGCAGGUUAUUCCAAAGUGAGGUGAUGUGAUGUUGGUGUUUGGAUGUACGACAGAAAGAGAGAUGGAGAUAAUUUCUUCUUCUAGUUGGAUAAUUGUGGAUAUAAAAUGUCAGGGAAAGAAGGUCUGGGAGAAAUACUGGCUGAUUAUGUUCACAUUUAAGGAUAUUUAAAGAUAAAAAAAACAUAUUUGGAGAGCUUUCGAUUUAUCUGCAGAUAAAAUUGAGCACUUCUUGUAUAGAGGGGCAGAAGGUUCCUGUGAGUUGGAGUGAGGAAUCUCAAAAACUUCUUCUGUACGAUGAGCAGCUUAGAAAGUUUGGAAGAACAGGAAGAACCCCAGACAAUGUUACAAUAAUUAAGAUAAGCAAAUAUCAAACUAAUAUAUUAUGAGUGUCAGUAAAACUUUUAUUACAUUGCCAAAUUUUCUUUUUCAAUACCAAUUUUUAAUGUCAGUGAUCUGGUUAAGUUAUAAAGUUCAGAGACAACCUUCCUCCAUGAAAAUGCCAUAACAAACAUCCAAAUGUUUCAGAUUUGAUUCAUAUUUCAUGACAAAAUUAAUAACCCUGAUGAUCUCUUUUGGUUUAUUUCUUAAAGUGAAUCCUGUUAAUUAUUAAUUUAAUGAUGAGGAAUAACCAUGAUGGUGGGCUUUUGUUGCAGGAUUAGCUUGACCUGGAAAACAGGGAGAAAGAAAAGGGAGACCAACUUGCUGUAUGAUGUGGAUGAUUCAGAUUACGGCUCUGAUACCAGGUGAGUGAUUUUAAAAAGGUUGAUCACAAACACACAGAACUGUGAUUUUAAAACCAAAGUACAUACCAAACCAUGACUUUGGUGAACUGCUACACCCCUACUGUCCAGACAAACAUCUCCAGAAUAACCUCAAAGGUACUGCAGACUCCAGGGACCUGCAGAGAGAAGUCGAGCCCAACAAAUAACAAGAUGGUCAUAUUAAGUUAACAAAUAAUCAUACUCUCUCCUUUCUCUCCCACACAUUUUUUUGUGCUGCAGUCCAAGAUUCAUGUCGAAAAAGAAAAUAAAGAAAAGAGAGAGAGCAGAAAGGCAUGAAGCAGCCAUCACUGAACACCUCCUAAAGUCUAUGUGA